AUGAAUAGACACCAGACCUUCAAUUUGUACCGUUGCAAUGGGACAUAUACGGGAGACUCGGGUGAGAUCAAUGUGUCGGUCACACCGAACAUUACCGAGUUUAAAAUUGAGGUUUGCCAGUGGCAUGUGGUGGUUGGCCCUAAAAUGAGCAUUCAGUUAACAAUAGACAAGAUUAUUGCUCAGACUAUUGUGGACACCCUUUAUAUCUACGACGGUAACAGUGAGACGGACACUAAACUCAAACAUUUGACCAACUUUGCCGAUGAUGAUUAUGACGAGAUUGUAUCCACGACAAAUCAAGUGCUUAUUCAAUUAACGAUGCACAAGAGGUCUUGGUUUCCAAUUAAUAACCCUCGCACCAUUCAAAUUAGAUACAAAGCUAUUCCUUCAGAUUGCAAUAAGACCUACACUGGUGAUAGUGGCGAUAUAAGCCUGGUCAGGCAAUUGACUGAACAAACGAAAACGUUGACAUGUCACUGGACAAUAAGUGUGGCCACAAAUAUGAGGUGUGGACUUGAAUUAACUGAACGCCAGGGUAUUAUCUACAGUCCUGGUUAUCCGAUUGCGUAUUACCACAAAAUGAACUGCGAGUGGAAGAUACGGGUGCCUAAGAAUCAUACGAUUAUAUUACAAUUUAUUGAUUUCAAAACUGAGGACACUGAUCAUUUAACAAUAUCGGACUAUACGAUCAGUGGAUAUAGUGGACAUCAAUUACCACCAAAUCUGUACAGCGCUUCCAAUGCAUUGACUCUGAUAUUCAAGACAGACAUGUCUGUAACGGACAGAGGCUUCAAAAUUGCCUACAAAGCAAAGGAACUAGAUCCAUACGUGACAUUUUUGGCUUCAGCUUAUAAUGUGUUAAUAAAGUUAAAUUCAAGUGAUGUGAAGACUAUUGCUAUGAAUGGCGAUAUUAUGUCGGGUUUAAUGGAUUAUAACAUAAAAGAUGAUCGGAUUGUAUGGUUUGAUCCGCAAAAACAUAAAUUUAUACUGAAGUCCAUUCAAUCAACUGUUGAUAUGUCCGAUGAGAUCGAUGUCGUGGGACAGCCUAAUAGUCUAUUACUCGAUUGGGUCCACGACUUACUCUAUUGGAUAGACAUUAAGUCAAAGACAAUCAAAGUUUUGCAUUUCAAAGACACUGAGAGUGUGUAUACUAUGCUGUUUAUGGAGUGA